CGGCCGGGGCCGGCCUCCGCGUGCGGCUGCGCCCGGGGCGGACAAGAUGGAGGUAAAAGAUGCAAAUGCCGCAUUGCUAAGUAACUUUGAGGUGUUCCAGUUACUUACUGAUCUUAAGCAGCAGCGCAAAGAGAGUGGAAAAAACAAGCAGAGCUCUGGUCAGCAGAAUCUGAACACAAUCAUGUAUGAAACACUGAAGUACAUUUCAAAAACACCCUGUAGAUACCAGAGUCCUGAGACUGUGAGAGAUUUCCUCCUAGCAAUGAAAGGCCAUAAGCUAACCAAGGCAGAAAAGCUCCAGUUGCUUAACCACAGGCCUGUGACAGCAGUUGAAAUACAGCUGAUGGUAGAAGAAAGCGAGGAAAGGCUAACAGAAGAGCAGAUUGAGUCACUUCUCCAGACAGUCACCAGUAUUCUUCCAGGGGAUCCAGAAGAACAACAGAGGGACUCGGCAAUGGCAACCGAAGACAAAGGUGACCAAGCAUAGGGGACAUCGGGGCCAAAGCUGGCAACAAUUUCAGCAGAAGAGAAUCAACUAAUAUUUUUCUGUUUUUUUUACUUGAUACCAGUUUAAUCUUGUAUUGGACAUCGUUGUAAAAUGUGUUACAAUUUUUAUUACUCGGAGGUGGUGAGGGAACCAAUUGUUUACAAGAAAGCAUGGAAAAGGACUCUAUUGUUUUGGCAUUUUGUCAUAAACAGGGAUGGUAGUAACUGAGUUUGUAAUGUCGCAGUCUGAGAAAUUAUGGGGCACAGAAUCUGAAGCUUUUGUAUUUUUUCCAUUACCCAUGUAACAGCUGUACAUUUGAAGAGGCUUAUAUACAGCUGGCAAUUUUUAAUUAUCACAGCAGUACUGUAAUUAUAAUUGCUUUCAUAUGCUUUUGAAUUGCCCAACUGGUUUUCAGAAUACAGUCUACAAUACAAAGCCAGCUUUCGGAGCUGUUUGUGAAGAGGGCUGGUUUUGGCAAUCAGAACAUAGAGUAAUGUGCAAGAACCGCUUGGUAUCUGCCCAGACAAUUUCAAGUAGGCUGUUGGCAUCAUGGAAGCGAGAGGAUCUGUUGGUAGGGUAACUGUUCUCAAGGGUGUCUGGCAGUCUGUACUUGAUAAAAGAGAGAUCCAGAUCAUCAGCUAAAUCAACAUAUUGCUACUGAAAUCAGCUGAGUUGGACCAGUUUACAGCAGUUGAGGCUCUGGACUCAAAUGUUGUCAAGGCUCUUAGUAAUAGAAACAGAAGAACAUCUAGGCGUGGGGUGUAUAUUUUCCCUUUGAACGUUUGUUCCAAUAUUUAUAUAUAGACAAGUCACAGUCUUGUGAACAUGCUGUCGACCGUGAAAUAAAUGAAUGAGUCAACACUGAAGUGAAGUCCUAAUCUGGUUCAGAAGAAUGAGAAUCAAUCCU